AUGGCCCAGCACCAACCCUUCGACGGUGCUCAGCACGCGUUGCAUCUCAACCUCAACCUCAAAGAGGCAGACGCCUAUGACACUGAGGAGCUCGGCCUGGCCCAGGACGCUCAGAACAUAGUGCCCUCAAUAUGCGGUAUGCCCCUCAAAUACGUUUCGCUUGUGACUCUGGCAGUCCAAAACGCAUCGUUGACACUCAUAAUGCACUACUCUCGCGUCUCCGCGGCACCGUCCCACACGUAUUCUGCCGGCGCCGCCGUCCUCGUCACUGAGCUGCUCAAGGGCUUCAUCUCCCUUGCCAUCGCGUUUUCCCGCAUAGAAAGCUGCUCGUCCAACGUCCCUGGCACGUCGUCAUGGAACCCACGCGUGUUUCUCUACCGCUUCAGACGCCUCGGUAAAGAGGUGUUCCGAUCGGACUGCUGGAAACUGUCCGUCCCCGCUAUCCUAUAUGUCAUUCAAAAUAAUCUGCAGUUCGUCGCGGUGUCCAACCUCGAGGCGGCGACUUUCCAGGUCAGCUACCAGAUGAAGAUCCUCACCACCGCGGCGUUUUCAGUCCUCCUGCUUCGCAAGAAACUUAACCCGACCAAAUGGCUUGCCCUGUUCUUCCUCGCCAUUGGUGUGGGUAUCGUUCAGAUUCAGAGCGGAACAUCAUCGUCGUCUGUUGUGGCGGCGCAUGACAUGAACCAAUUCAAGGGCUUCAUGGCGGUCGUGGCAGCGUGUUUCACGUCGGGGCUCGCGGGUGUCUACUUCGAGAUGGUUCUGAAGAACUCGCAGGCCGACCUUUGGGUCCGCAACGUCCAGCUGUCGUUGUUCUCCCUUCUCCCCGCGCUACUUCCCAUCGUGUUCUCGCAAACCGCAUCGGCCACGCCGGGGUCUGGGGUUUUCAGCAUGCGGCUGUUUGAGAACUUCGGUGUGUGGGCAUGGGCAACUGUCUUGGUCCAGGUUCUCGGCGGAUUGCUCACCGCCCUCGUAAUCAAGUAUGCGGACAACAUUCUGAAGGGGUUCGCGACGAGUCUGAGCAUCGUCAUUUCCUUCCUUGCGUCCGUCGCACUCUUCAACUUCCAGAUGACCAUCACGUUCAUACUCGGCUCGACUGUCGUCCUUGUCGCGACCUGGAUGUACAAUCAGCCGGAAAACGUUACAGACUGUAGCCCCUUCAAGGAAUGCAAAGCAUGGUGGUGGAAGGCUAUGCCGAGUUUCCGCGCCUCCUCCGCAGUCGAGCUGUCAGGGGGCGCCCUUUCCCGGCGCGCGUCUAUGUCCUCGCUAUCCUCGCUCACCUCCUAUUCCUCGGGGACGAUGUCUUUUCCCGGUUCGCCCGUCGAGCGCGACGAACCCAUUCUCUCACAGGAAAAGAAGCGCCCGGAGCAUGCGGGCCGCGUCCAGCCGCUGCGCGCGAUUCGUGUUGCUGCAUCCCAGCUUGCCCAGUUCGUUGCGCCCCAUCCCAACGCGAUUCCCGCGCUCUCGUCCUCGACUUCGCUGGUCUUUACCGCCCAAGAGAACGUCGGCGCAGCGUACGUGUACCCGACCAGCGGCCACACGUUCGUGCAGCACGCACAGGGCUCCCUUUCCACCUCCGCGUCGUAUCCGACGUCGCUCUCCCGUCCAUCAAGCGCACUAUCGACCUAUCCCACGUCGCGCCCCGCUAGUGCAAUGGGUGGCUCCGUGUCCUCAUCUACGCUCGUCGAAUCGGCGCAGGCGCCAUGA